AGCCCAUGAACAAUUCCUCCUUCAUCAAGGCCACAACUUUCAGCUAUGGUUCCGGCCACAUUUGGCCUAACCGUGCGAUGGACCCUGGCCUAGUCUACGACCUGACCACCGACGAUUACGUCCACUUCCUAUGCGCCCUUGGCUACAAUGCAACCCAAAUUGCAAUGUUUACAGACUACUCUUACUCAUGCCACCCUACCAAGAUGUCCAGCAUCCUAGAUCUCAACUACCCUUCGAUCGCAGUCCCAUAUCUCAUCACCUCCACGGCCAUCAAACGAACAGUCAAGAACGUUGGCUCAGCGGGCACUUACACGGUCCAUGUUGAUGCACCCAGCGGCGUAUCAGUGUCGGUUGAGCUGACUAGCCUGGUUUUCGAAAGGACCGGCGAAGAGAAGACAUUUACAGUUAAGCUGACACUAAAAGGCAUUUGGGCAGUGACUAUGUUUUUGGGAGGCUUAUAUGGUCUGAUGGUGUGCACUAUGUGAGGAGUCCAAUUGCAGUCUCAUCUACAAACAUAUAAAAGAAAAGGGUUCGGUCUUUUGGUCUUGAGGGCACGAGUCACGGUUCGAUUAUGUAAGGGUGGUGGUUGGGUUGCUCUUGACUAAAAUUAGGUUUUUUUUUUUUUUUUGGGGUCAUUUUGCCUGUGUGGUGACUAAAGGAUUGCCAACAUGGGUUGCCCCAUAGGACCCACAUGGUCUAUGAUUAGAGUCGUCCAUAUUCUCAUUGCUACCAUAAGCUAUGGUCUAAUAAUCAGGCUUUAAGAUGGUACUGAGUCCUGGCCUU